AUGUGGUUGUCAGAAGAACCGAACCAUGCAGCGGCAAGGAACAAGUUGAAACAGAUGGAGAAGAAAUGCUUGGAUGAUAAGAAACGCUUUCUCGCUGAAUCAAAGGCCAUAUUCGAUCGGGAAGCAUACUUGAUGGAGCAACUUCAACGUGCAGAGAACCGAAUGGCCAAAGACGGUGUCGAUGCUAGUCUAGAUUUGAUAAAUGUAUUGGAGAAUAGCCUAGAUAUACAUUGGUAUAAGAUUCGACAGAAUUGGCGUGAGCUUUCGGACUUGUUGGAUCGAUACACCGAUUGA